AUGUCACGGAAUCUACCAUUCGUAGAUAGCUACGUUGGUUAUACUUCCGAACCAUCCGCAGCGGAAAAGAGUUCAGACGAUGAGCAAAGAAAAGUUCCCGCUUUACCAAGGUUUCUCAGGGUGGUUAUGGAGGUGAUGGCGAGGCAGAAGCUCCUGCGUUUUAUAGAACCAAUUGGGCAGCUUUCGGUACGGUAA